AUUUGUUUCAGCAUUUAGGUGAAAGAGGUCUAGAAUGGCAGCAGCAAAAAUGGGCCAUACUUACAUACAAUGGAUGUAUUCGAUUAUAGUGAGCAUCGGUUUCCUCAUAUAUGGAAUGGAGAUUGGAUGGACGUCACCAAUGCAGAAAGUUUUACAAGCUGACACCUCUCCUCUGGGGCAUCCCAUCUCGACGACCAUGAUAUCCUGGAUUGCCAGUAUCGUUGUAUUUAGUUCUGCUGGUGCUGUACCAAUCUACUCAUACUUGGCAAAUGUUUACGGGAGGAAAUGGAUGGUUGUUGCAACCACGAUACCUCAGAUGAUAUCAAGCAGUAUAAAAAUAUUAUUUCCAAACAUCACAGCGCUAUGCAUAGCCCGAACUUUGUCCGGUGUUUUUACUGGCGGCGUAUUCGUAGUUGGGCCAAUGUAUGUAAGAGAAAUCAGCCAGUCAGACAUGAUAGGAUCCUUAGGAUCCAUCCAGGUGGUACUGCAGAAUAUGGGCUUCUUGAUAAUAUACUUACUUGGCGCGUACAUGGAGUAUUUUCAUGUUUUGUACGUAAUGGCUGCGUUUCCAGUAUUGAUGGCUUUGCUGAUGUUAAGAGCGCCGGAAUCUCCAGCGUUUUUGGUCAAAUUGGGGAAGAUUGAGGAAGCACAUAAAGCUGUUGCGUAUCUUCGAGGUUUGGAUACGGAUGAUAAAAUUGUGAUAACAGAAGUGGAAGCUAUGCAGCGUCAGGAAAAAGAGUUUCAGGAAAUGCCUAAGCUCAAUUUUAUUAGUAUUCUUCAAGAUAAAGCUUGGAGACGUGGUCUGAUAAUUAUCCUCAUCGUCUUCACGUUUCACGCUUGGAACGGUGCUUUCGCGAUCAUUGCUUACGCCUCUGCCAUCUUGUCUUCGACGGGAGUAGAUUUUGGCAUAAGUCCAGAAUUGCAAACGCUAAGUUUUCCCAUAGUUAGUAUUAUGGCAUCAUUUACUUUGACUGCGAUUGCUGAAAAGUUUGGAAGAAAGCCCUUACUAGCGGGAACCUUCUUCAUGGCGGUGUUUUCUCAAUCAAUCCUUGGUAUCGCAAUGUUGAUGCAGAAGUAUGGGUAUGUCAUACCAAGCUGGCUGCCAGUUGUGUGCAUGAUAAUAUCUGUGGCCAGCUAUGCGGGUGGGGUACGCCCCUUACCUUAUAUAAUAUUGACGGAAAUGUUUAGUUUUCAGGUCCGAACGAGAGUCAUGGGUUGUGUCGUAACCCAUGCGUGGAUAACCGGUGCUAUUCAGCUUUUUGCAUAUGCACCUUUAGCUGAUGCCUUCGGUCUACCAGCUACGUUUAUUAUUUUUGGGAUUUUCAAUCUUUUAGGAGCAAUUGUAACCUUCUUCUUACCCGAGACCAGGGGAAAGACUGAUGAAGAGAUUCAACAACAGUUGAUAAAAAGCCCUAUAACGACUAGCACGGUAUAGGUCUUAAUCGUCAGAAUUAUAUAUUGGAAAUUUGAAUUAGCGAAAUGGCCAAAUUGUUUGAGACUUUGUGGGAGACGAGUACUGUUAUAUCGCGUAAUUGUUAAGUAAAGCCAGUCAUUAUUUAUAUGCCAUGGUAUAAGUCAGAUAUGUUUUUAAAUAUAAAAACUUAUUUUAAAUACUGUGUGCGUACCGAACUUGUCUGUGCUAUUCGUGGUAUGACAUUAAUCUGUUAUUGAUUUAUUAGCUUUGAACUAUUGUGAGACUUCAAAAUUUGUUCAUAGAAAUACAUAUUUUAAUAAUCUUACAUCAGUAA